CCCUCCCCGCCCGCGCUCUCGCGAGGUUGACGCGGGGCUCGGGCUCUUUCCAGCUCUCGCGAGAACACGGCGAGAGGCCCCGCUGCGCCUGCGCCUGCGCCAGACCCAGGACCGCAGUGUCUGUGGAGUGAUGGGAGCGGGGAGAUGCCCCGUCACUGCUCUGCUACCGGCUGCUGCACCCGGGACACCCGCGAGACCCGCAAUCGAGGCAUCUCCUUCCAUCGGCUGCCCAAGAAGGACAACCCACGGCGCAGCGUGUGGCUGGAGAACUGUCAGCGCAAGGACCCGAGCGGCCAGGGCCCCUGGAAUCCAGCCUCUGACUACAUCUACUUCUGCUCCAAGCACUUCGAGAAGAGCUGCUUCGAGAUGGUGGGGAUCAGUGGCUACCACCGGCUCAAGGAGGGGGCCGUCCCCACCGUCUUCGAGUCCUUCUCCAAAGCGCGCCGGGCAGCGAAGGUGAGGGCUUCCCGGCAGAAGGGUGAUGACCCGAAGGCUGCCAGGGCCUGGAGGAGGUGGAGACGCGAUCCAGGCCAAGGGGAGCAGGACGCCCCGGCCAAUGCGGAGAUCUCGUGCUUCCCAGAGGAGGAGGAGUCUGAGCUGGCCACGCCCGCGGCCGCCCCCACCACUGAGCACCGCAGCCUGCCCGGGCCCCUCCCCCAGGGGGCGGAGCUAGAGGAUCAGCAUGACGUCAUCCUGGCCAGCCUGUCGGACAUCCUCCUGGAGUACCCGGCUGUGGCCACGGGGCAGGAGGCGGCCACGGCCACGCCGGCGCUCCCAGAGACAGAGGCCCCCACGCUCCCAGAGACAGAGGCCCCCACGCUCCCAGAGACAGAGACAGACGCCCCCUCAGAGGUCCCCACAUCGCCCGCCCCAGAGCCACCCCGCCCUGUCUCCCCGUCUCUCUACAUGCUGCGUCUGCCGCCCCCAGCCGGCGCCUACAUCCAGAGCGAGCACAGCUACCAGGUGGGCAGCGCCCUGCUGUGGAAGCGGCGUGCGGAGGCCGCCCUGGAGGCCCUGGACCGGGUCCAGCGGCAGCUGCAGGCCUGCAAGCGGCGAGAACAGCGGCUGCGGCUGCGCAUCUGCGAGCUGCAGCGGGAGCGGCGGGCGGCCCCCGACAUGCGGCGCCAGCUCAAGGAGCACCUCCAGGUCUUCGAGCUGCAGCUGCUGCGCGACCUGGAGUGAGCCUGGGACUGCGCUCAGGGGCUGUCUGUGUGUAGGGCGGGGGGGACUGCAUGGGACUCGGGCCUCUGCCCAGGCACGAAGCCCUGGGCUCUGUGGCUCGGCCACGGGCUGAGCUCACUCCCUGCCCACGAAAGGUGGCAGGCCAGGGCUGCAGAGGCAAACCGUGCAACAGCACUUCUCUGCCCCCCCGCUCCCGCCCUGACCUCCACCUCUGUGCCAGGGAGGCGGAUUGAUGGGGGUUGUAAAUAAAGAUCUUGUUUUAUGUGGGGGUGACGAUCCCGGAGUGUGCACAGCCUGGUGGGAGUGUGGCUGCGGGGCAGCUGUGGGGUCGGUCCCAGGACAGGCAGUGCCCCUGGUGUGCGUGUGCCCAUUGCCCCUGGGGGAGCUGCGGGGUCAGUCCCAGGGCAGGCGGUGAGCGUGUGCCCGUUGCCCCCAGGGCAGCUGCAGGGUCAGUCAUGGGGCAGGCACUGCCCCUGGUGUGCAUGUGCCCAUUGCCCCCGGGGCACUGUGGGGUCAGUCCCUGGGCGGGCAGUGCCCCCCGUGUGCGUGUGCCCAUUGCCCCCCGCGGGAGCUGCCCCUGGUGUGUGUGUGCCCAUUGCCCCCCGGGGAACUGUGGGGUCGGUCCCAGGGCAGGCAGUGCCCCUGGUGUGCGUGUGCCCAUUGCCUCCGGGGGAGCUGCGGGGUCGGUCCCAGGGCAGGCAGUGCCCCUGGUGUGUGUGCCCAUUGCCCCCGGGGGAGCUGCCCCUGGUGUGUGUGUGCCCAUUGCCUCCGGGGAAGCUGCGGGGUCGGUCCCAGGGCAGGCAGUGCCCCUGUAUGUGUGCCCUAUGGCCAUGAGCACCUCAGCUCCAUGCCUACGAUUUCCCCCCUGCAUCCAUCCCCCCUUGACUUUGGGGUUCCCUUAGUGUCACCGGACCAGAAUCCCAGCUUGCCCAGGCUCUGCUACUUGACCCCCCCACACUCCCCGUGCUGGCUGCCAGGGGCCUGCUGUUGGCAUGGUGGGAGCUGGC